CUUGAAGGCUGGGUUCUGGCACAAUUCACUCGUUUUCACGCUCUGGCUUUUGGUCAGAUUGUACUGCACUGUGGCACAUCUAACGGUCAGAUGCCAUCGGUGUCAGAGGGUUACCGACCCACAACUUUUGGCGGCUGGAAUCAGAUGACGUACGCGGGGGCACAGUCAUUCUCUCCAUCCUGCAAUGAUACUGGAUGGCGCGGCCUGAUUGCGGAUCACAACACCUCCAUAUGCUUUGCCCGACACGGCACACAGCCUUCCAUCACCAAUUCUCGCUCUAGAUACGCGGACCGCGUCAAGUCGCGGCCCGAGGAAAUGGGCAUCCGCCCUCAGAAGCUCUCGGAGCACGGCGCUGUCCUCAGGUGGUCGUCGAAGCCCCCCGCCGACCGGGCUAGCCGUGUUCGCGAGAACCAGCGCCGGUGCCGGCAGAGGGCCAAGGACCGCGUGGCCGACCUUGAGUCGAGGCUCGCAUCGACGCAACAACAACUGCAGCAAGCUCUGAUCAAGAUCGAGCAACUCACGACUGAGCUGGACCGUGCCCGCGGUCGGGGCGCUGACGGCGCGCCAGCGGGUGUAGACGACAGGGCGGAAGCACCGGGCUGCCUGGGGGGAGCAGAAACCAUGAACUACUCUGCACAUCGCAGUCUCGAACCGGAAAUGGGCGUGGACCUGCCAUCUCAGCAAGCGCCGCCACGAGGCCGCCCAUCCUCGAGCUCGCUGGGUCCCUGUAAAACAGGCCCUCGACGAGACGAUACACCUACGACGCAGCAUGAAGCAACAAGUGUCAGACCACGACCACGAUCCAUCUCUCCAAUGGACUUUGCCAGCGCCAUUAAGCUGGGAGCAAGCCCCGAAUGCCAUUACUACCCUAUGCUCAAGGAGGGAGAAUCGACGAUGUCCUGCGGAGACGCGUACAAGAUCAUCCUAGAGCAAAACUACAGCGGCCUGGAUGAGAGAGCAAUGCUGAAGUGGCUAAGACCUGGGUUUCGGGGGCCUGGCGCGAGUGACGAGGGAUGUCGUGUACAGAGCAGCAUCCUGUUUGCCUGUCUGGACCGCCUCAACCCUUUGUGACUGCUCGUUUCCGCAAGCACGCCAUCUAUGGCCUGCCGUUAGCUGUAAUCCCAGCACGUCUGACUUGGUCCAUGAAGUUCCUGUCGCACCUCACUAGAUCAUCUCGAUCCCGCUGAGCCUUGUAGUGAGACGGC